AUGGCUGCUGUUGCUGCUAUAAAUUCAACAAGCAGUAAAUUUGUUUUAUCAUCAUCAGGUAAUAAAAUGGAUUGUUAUCGUAUUUGGGAAGCACUUUAUCCUGGUCCAACACCAAUUAUUAUAAAUAAACGAAUAAAUUCAAUUUUUCAACAACUUCCUGUACUUAUUAUUAAUAAUUAUGAAGAUUUGACUCUUCAAUUAUUAAAAGAUUUUUAUAAUACUACGAUACAUCAAAAGUAUGAUUAUUGA